AUGAAGGGUCGCUCAUCCGACAGUGAAUUCCUCACCCACGACAAGCAGACGCGUGCCAGUCUGUGGUGGGGUGAGUCACUUAUGUCCAACUACUGGGGUUACUUCACCUGGUCCAUGCAACAGUAUCGCAAGAAAAAAACCGACGCGGGGGAACUGCGCAUCAAGAAGGGUGAAAUGCAUCUCACUCCUACCGAGUUGGCGGAUGAUCUCGCAUACAUCAACUUCUUCACCCCAGACUAUUGCUUCACCGUGGCCGGGGAGAAUGGCACAGGUUCCAAAUAUAUCCGGCCCGGCAGGGGUGACGAGGACUCGACUACUCUGGGUGAGCUCAACAGGCGACGCGUCUAUCCCGAUAUAUGGGUGCCAGUAGAUACACUGGCCAAGGCCACCUACUCUACUGUCCUCGCAGACUUGGGACAGACCGAGACACCAAAUAUUUUGAACAACGAGACGGCACUCGAGUACUUUACGGCAAACUUCACCACUGUGCACAAGUAUCUGUCGACGGAUCGGUUCGGCCCGGAGCACGUUCCCUUCGACGCUAAGCGCUCAAGCAGUGAACCUCUGCGCGUCGUCCCCUCCGUCAUCACAACGCCAUACACAUGCCAGGUGCCGCAGUACAAGCCCAUGGGCGAACUUGUUCUUUCGAUCAUCAUCGCCGACUUGGUGCUCCUGCAGGCGGCGUGGCAGCUGUUCAAAGCCUGGGUAUGGACAGUAACCAAUUCAUAUGAUACGGCCGAGCAGGGGCAUACUUUUCCAAACCCAUUAUCUGUCGAUUCAACUCUGCACACCAGCGACUCCGGCAUAAGAGCGUCAAUGCGUAGGUAUAACUCUCAACGCGUGCCGGAUGCUCCAGGGAGACCUGCUUCGUCCGACAUUGUGCUACAGCCAUCAGACAACAUCCCUCUGACAACGCUUGUCGGUCAAGAACACGGUCCGCCUGUCUCUCAGCACGCGGCGGAUGCCACAACCAGCCCUGGUCAUGGGCCGUAA